CAUCUAAAUUUAAACAAAUCUUUAAAGACAAUCACAGGACACUCACACCUGCCGAGUUUAUUGACCCGGAGACACCUGGGAUUGAAAAACCCGGAAAUCAACAUGGCGGCGACCUCGCAUUUAGUUGCGUUUCUGACGCUUGUGACAGGUACGCUUGGGUGGAAGUGUGCUAAAUACCGCCACUACUUCAGUCAACAGCCUGACUACAUUGAUUGUAUGUGGGAUUGCUGUGGGAACUCAUUCAACCGACACUGCUGUGCUCCCAUUGCCAUCAUUGUUGGAUGUGCAAUAUGUGGUGCUGUGGUCCUGGCAGCCAUCGUUGUCUUCCUUUGCUGCUUCUGGCAACGACGGCGCCAACGGUAUGGAGACACGUCUAACCUUUUCCGUUACCGCAGGCCCCAGUACCAUCCUCCAGCAAGUAGCGUGGUUGUUCAGCCAGCACCUUAUGUUGCUUAUGGACAGAAGGCCCCACCUCCUCCUGAUCAGUUCUUUCAGUAGAAACUCAUUAAUGUACUAUAUGCAUGCACAUAACAAUAAUUGGAUCACUUGUGCGGUUAUUGUCAUACCAAACUAAGGAUCAUUGAAGUAUCAAAGAUUGUUCAGAUAUAUAAAGUAUAUGAUUGAAUUUUGGCUACAAGGAGAUGAAAACCUGUUGCUGUUGAAGCAAAAACAAAAGUGCAGCAUUUCAAUCAUCAGUUUUCUUAUUUCAUCUGUACAUUAUAUUUCUUGUAAAUACCAUGAAGUGUUAUUUCCAUUAUAGAGGACCAUUAUUGAAUUAACUGUCAUUCCAUGUCUAAAAGGCUAACAUUCACAUUGAAGGACUUUAUUACUGGAAUCUCGCUUCAUUUAAAAUACUGCAGGGUUGCUUUGUCUUGCACAUGUGCACACAUUCUAUAUUUUUCAUUAAUAGAUAUAGCAAAAUUGUUGAUCUUUUGACAUUCCUGCACUAAUGUUAAGUGGAUAAUAUAUGUAUAUUAGACCAAGGUAAAGCAAAAUAUUAGCAGAUUAAAAAGAGAUAAUUGUUUCCAUUUAUCAUAAUAUCAAAGUCAUAAUAUUGAACCAGCUUGUCAUCUGUUUCACUACAUUCAUGUUUAUUUGGUUGAUAACAAAGCUAGACUACUUAAGUUUUCAGAACAUGUAAUCGCCAGCAAUACCACUGCAACACAAAUUUGUGGUUAUUAUCUUAUGCCAGUCAUAGAUUUUCUAACAUUCUGUAUUUCUGUGGUACAUUGUGCUUUACUGUAGGUUAAAAUAGGUUUAAAAUAUCAGUAUGAUAUAUUGCAGGAGAAAGAGAAGAAAUGUUUGUGUGUUUGUGAACUAAGGGUUACAUGGAGAUAAUUUUUUGUUAGUAAAAUGGUUGUUUAUAAAGAGUGGAAAAUGUCGACAUUUUCUCCUUUUGUUGUACUAUGCAGGAAAAACAAAAAGAUAUCCCAAGUGCGUUAAACCAUUGUGCAAACUCUGUUCCAGAAUCAUUGUUAAUAAACUCAGUUCAUGUUACAUCACUAUCAUGUCCUGUAUUUUGUAAUAAAAGUGUGCAUAUUGCUU